AUGAUAUUCGAAGUUCCUGUGGACCAUUUCCCAGUGCAACGUGCACGAUUACAACGGCCACAGCCACUUGUUUUGCCUCAGAUCUCUAUUGUCCAGAGCCGAGCUGAGCUCUCUGCCAACGUGGUAUCCAGUCCUUCAGUCCAGCGAUCACAGUUCACCUUCUUUGCCGUUACACGACAACCUGCCGCUGAUAUUCCGAUCAGACGGAUAUCCCCACCUGGUUCGGCACCACGUCCCGCUGUACCCAUACUGCAGUCGCUGAGGGUACCAAAGAUUUUCUCAGAUGCUCGGCGGUUUCUUUCUACAGUGGUAUUAUCACCACAAUUAGCCUAA